CCUGCCGCUGGUUUCGCAAUUUGAGAUACUCCCCGCGGACGACGUCCAUGGACUCUGGUCCAGUGCUGCGAAACAAACAUUACUCAAAGGAAUAGUGCCAAAGAAAAAGUACCGACUAUUGAAUCAUGCACUUUUCGACUACCCUCAGCUUGUCUUUACAGGCCCAAGCCACCGAAAUUAAACGCCCAGCCAUGCAAUCUGCGAAUUCUGCUUCGUCUGUGAGACCAAUAGUACGAACACGAGGCAGAGACGUGCCUUUGACUGCAGGAUCACACUGUUUCAGCGCAUAGGCUUUGGUAGCCUUUAGCAGACUGUCCUCUUCCCGACGAGAGAGUGCGUUCAUCAGCGUUGAGUGCCAAGUCGGGACGGUGUCGGCCGAAUCCGAAACAUUCGCCGACCAAUGAUGAUGUAAUUUGAAUUCCUCUUGCUGUCAUUCGACCUUGUUGGUCCUGCACCAUAGCCUCUUCAGGUGCACUAUCAGCAAUGCAUUCUCUCGUGAGACCAACACGACUUCGUUCUCUUCCUCAAGUCCGAUUUCUUGCAACGCCGUCGUCCCCUGCCAAACCAAAUUUUAGAGAAGCAUUGGCAUCUGGACCUUCGCUAGAUGAGUUCAUUUCGGGAGAGGCUCCUGAACGUGUUAUGCUCGGAAAUGCUCGAGGCCCCCGUCUUCCGUCAUACCUCAAAACUUCUAUUCCCUCGGGUGCCUCAUUUACUAAGAUCAAGAAAGACCUAAGAGGAUUGGGUCUUCACACUGUGUGCGAAGAGGCUCGCUGUCCCAAUAUUGGUGAUUGUUGGGGUGGUAAAGAAGGUGCUACGGAGGCAGAGGGCCGAAGUGCAGCUACUGCUACCAUAAUGCUCAUGGGUGAUACAUGUACCCGCGGCUGCAGAUUCUGCUCUGUAAAGACGUCUCGCGCACCGCCGCCUUUGGAUCCACAUGAACCGGAGAAUACUGCCGAGGCCAUCAGUCGAUGGGGUUUGGGCUAUAUCGUUCUUACGAGUGUCGAUAGAGAUGAUCUCGCUGACGGUGGCGCCCACCAUUUCGCAGAAACUAUACGGAAGAUUAAGCAAAAAGCGUCUCAUAUCUUGGUUGAAGCGUUAACCGGAGAUUUUGCCGGCUCCCUACCUCAUGUAUCCCUUGUCGCGAAAUCUGGGCUCGAUGUAUAUGCCCAUAACAUUGAAACAGUUGAAGCUCUGACACCGUAUGUCCGGGAUAGACGGGCGACAUUCAGACAGAGUCUGAAAGUGCUAGAACACGCCAAACAAGAAGGUGUCCGAAUAACGAAAACAAGUAUCAUGCUUGGUGUUGGUGAAACAAGCGACCAGAUUUUAGAUGCAUUGCGAGAGCUUCGCAAGGUCUCUGUAGACGUUGUAACUUUUGGCCAGUAUAUGCGUCCGACCAAACGACAUAUGAAAGUAGACCGUUAUGUUGAACCUGCAGAAUUUGAGCGGUGGAAGCAAGUCGCCGAGGACAUGGGUUUCUUGUACGUUGCUAGUGGACCGUUGGUUCGCAGCAGUUACAAGGCCGGUGAAUUUUACAUCGAGAAUAUACUGCGUGGGAAGGGUGCUGAGAAUAGAGCGAAACGCCACCUUGCUACUUCGUCGCCGGAGAAUUUGGGUGCCGAUCUACGAUGACAUACAUGGCGUUCUGUAUAUCUACUACA